UCACCUGCAUCUUGGUGUUGAUGUGUACCGACCAACCCCAUCCUAGGUAGACCUUUUUUUUAUACCUCUCUCUCUCUUCUCUUUCUCUUUUCGGCUUUCGUUCUUUUAUGUUGCCUCCAAAACGUCCUUCUUCGGUUUACCUCAUAAACCCCUUCUUAGCUGGGGUUCUCAGUGUCACCUCGAGUGGUUGAGAGAAUGGACUUGUUGCCUGUUGAGCUCCUCCGUCUGAUCUUCGAGCACUGUGAUCCGCCUGCAGUGCAAAACCUUCGCCUGGUGUCGAGUACUCUGGCCAAUGUGGCCUACGACUAUCUCAUCCCGCCUCACUUUUCCUGCGUUGAGUGGAGAGACGACAUCAAGAGGUUGCACUCGAUAUCGAGCCAUGCCCGCCUGCGGGGCAGUAUCAAGUCCGCCACCUUGAACUUCGCCAGGGUCGACGAGUACAACACCCGCCACGCCUCCUUCUUCCAGCACUGGCUCACGGAGCCCGAGGAGCGCGAUAACAUCCUGCGAGAUGCCUGGGUCAAAUACUAUGAGAUGGAGGCCCGAGGCCGCGGGCUCCCUUCGUUUGCCAGCCAGUCAGCCCUCGUCGAAAAGUCCUUCAACCAGCUUCCGAACCUCAAACAUCUCGAAAUCACCUACACCAAAUGUCCCUACGACAUUCCCAUCCUGAGCGAGGCCUUCCAGGUACGGAGCUGCAUGCGAUGGGACCGGGGCCAGGCUUGCAAGAAUAUGAACCUCGUCGUCUCGGCGAUACAGAAUGUGAAGCUGUCCUCACUCACCGUCGACCCCUUACCGCUGGAGAUCUUCAAGGCUGCGGGGGACAGGAAACACUGGUUCGACUGCGCCCGCUCGUUCGCCGGACUAUCUCGGCUCGAUCUUGCCAUCGACUCGCCGAGCACUUUGCUCCCCCAGUCCAAGUUCCGGGCCGUCAACGGGCUCGGCCACGUCCUCCAGUUCUCGCCGCACCUGACGCAUCUGUCACUCAGGUUCCACAGUUACCACGCGCCCCGCGAAAAGUUCACCCUCUCGUUUCGCGCCAUGUUGGGUGACUUGACGUUCCAGAAGCUCACGGACCUCAAGCUCGAAGGCAUCAGCUGCGCCGAGGAUGACCUGCGCUCGUUCCUCCUCAGGCACGGGCCGACUCUCGAACGGCUCCGGCUGGGAGGAAAAGGCCUCGCAAAGCCGUACGAGGCCAGCAUCGGCGGCAUCCACCUGUAUGACGGCUCCUUCAGGUCCCUCUUCACGUCGCUGCGGGAGAAACUGCCGCGGCUGCAGCGGUUCCACAUGGAAGGGGACAUCGAGGCCGGGGAGAUCAUGACCAGCUCUCGCGAGCGAUACAAGUUCCACGCCAUCACCACCGACGACUGGGAGGAGGCGCGCCUGGAGGGCAUGCGCCCGUCGCGCCAGAGCGUCGACUGUCGAGAGCUCGAGAGAUAUCUUGUGCAGGGCGGGGAAUAUCCGAAGCUUGUUGUCUCAGGUGAGUGACGCAAGCCAUUUCCCCUCCCGGUCGUGGAACUGAGGGAACUCAAGGUGGCAUCACCGGCCCCCCAGGCUGCAACCCGUCGUCGUUGAACGGGUCCUGAAUGGAGAGAUG